AUGGCCACCGAUACACCAGGACCAGACGAAUCAAGCCCCCUCCUCCCAACGUCCCAAAGCAGAAUCUCCAUCCGGGCCCUCCUCCUCAGGUCCUCGUCCUCCGCGUCCGUCGUCUCCAAAGCAGACUACGCCCUGGGCCAAUCGCCCCCGCUGGGCGACCUCCUCCCUUACAACGACUACACCACGAUCGACUGGCUGCGAGACCUCACCAAGGACGCGUCUCGCGCACGCCGUCUGCAUGCGAGGCCCGGCAUCCGCGGCCAGCUGGCGCGGUGGUUCGACCAGAGCCAGGGCUGGAUCGCGGCGGCCGUCAUCGGCGCCCUGACCGCCGUCGUCGCCUUCGUCGUAGACGUAUCCGUGGCGACGGUGAGCGAUUGGAAGGAGGGCUACUGCCGCCCCAACGUCUUUCUCGACCGGGGACGGUGCUGUUGGGGUGUGCCCGAGACCGAAACGUGCUCGGCAUGGAAGCCGUGGAUAGAAGAAAACGACGGUGCGAGGGGGUACUUUGCCAGUUACGCCGUCUACAUCCUUUUCGCCUUGCUCUUCGGCAUCGUCGCGGGGAACGUGACCAUGACCACGAAAGCCUCGCUGCCCGCCGUCACCGUCUCUUCCGACGACGGCGCGGCGGUCACGGCGGAGGGUAAGACGAUGUACAUGGCGGCCGGCAGCGGCAUCCCCGAGAUCAAGACCAUUCUGUCAGGUUUCGUGAUCCCGCACUUUCUGGAUCUGAAGGUUCUCCUCGUCAAAGCCGUCGGCGCCACCUUUGCCGUGUCGACGGGCAUGUGUCUGGGUAAAGAGGGCCCCUUCGUACACAUCUCGACGUGCGUGGGGUGGCUCGUGGCCAACUGGUUCCCAAAGUACCGGGAUAACCCGCGCAAGAUGCGCGAGAUCCUCAGCGUGGCAUGCUCCGCCGGCCUGUCCGUCGCUUUCGGCGCCCCGAUUGGCGGUGUGUUGUUCAGUUACGAGGAAAUCAGCACCUACUUCCCGCGUCGGGUGCUCUGGAGGGCGUUUCUGUGUUCGCUCAUCGCGGCCAUCGCCCUCAAGGCACUCAACCCCACGGGAACGGGCAAGCUGGUGCUGUUCGAGACGAACUACGGCGUGGACUACGAUCCCGUACACUACCUCGGUUUCGUGUUUCUCGGCCUCUGUGGUGGUGUGUUUGGUGGAAUCUUUUGCAAGGCUAAUUUCCUAUGGUCCAAGAGCUUCCGCAAGUAUGACAUCGUGAAGAAGCAUCCGGUGUUGGAGCUCUGCGGCGUCGUGCUGGUUACAGCGUUGUUACAGUUUCCCAACGUUUUGAUCCGGGAUACCGGUGACGUUUCCCUCUCGAAACUGCUGGUUGACUGCAGAGACCCCACGGGUGAAUGGAUCUGCGAGCAGGAGGCAAGGGAGGACAAGACUAAAUACAUGCUCUGGCUGGGAGGCGGAACGGUGGUCAAGCUGCUCCUGACCAUCAUCACAUUCGGAUGUAAAGUGCCGUCCGGAAUCAUCAUCCCUGCGUUGGACGGCGGUGCUUUGUUUGGUCGACUGAUAGGACAGCUUGUCGGGGGCAUAUCUCCCGGUAUCUUUGCCAUGGUCGGCGCAGCGGCGUUCCUUGCUGGUGUUUGCAGGAUGACUGUGAGCUUGGCGGUCAUCAUGUUCGAGCUGACGGGCGAGGUGACGUACAUCCCAGCCACGAUGUGCGCCAUUCUCACCGCCAAGUGGGUUGCAGAUGCCAUAUCGAUGGAGUCUGUGUAUGACCUCUCGCAACAUCUCCUGGGCCAUCCGUUUUUGGACGCAGAACAAGCUUACGAGGUCGUCAAGCAUCGCGAAGUCACGGCCCGCGAGCUGAUUCCACCCCCGGGAACCAUGGAAGAGAUCACCCUGAACACAGGUAGCGAGUACCGUGUACGCCGAGAUGUGCUGGCCGACAAGCUGCGCAAGUUAAAGGCGAGAGGUCUGAUGGAUGCGGGUCUUGUGCUGGUCAACGACUCGGGAUUGUUGUUUGGAUACUUGCCUGAAGUAGAACUGGAAGUGGCCCUCGAGGCCGAAGACCAAGCCGAGGAGGUCGAUCUGAGAUCGGGCAUCAUGUCGGAGUUAGUAGACCGGACGCCUUUGACAGUAAAUGCCGAGGCGCCCAUGGAGUAUGUUCUUGAGAUGUUUGCAAAGCUCGGCCCGAGAUAUCUGAUCAUUCUUGAGCCAGAGACCGCAAAGGUUCUGGGCGUUGCGAUCAAGAAGCGGUUGCUGGACUAUUUAGAUCGAACAAAGACGCAUGGAUAA